UCUGGACCGAGGCUCCUCUCCCGUGAAUAAGCAGUCCGCUCUCCUCUAAGUGAGAUAAAACAAUACUCCGUACUUUUUUUGAGUUCACAGCAUAGCUUCCAUCUACGAUUCCCUCCCUGAUAAUCGGAUUGAACUAUUGGUAGCUCAUUCUGGGCGGCCUAACGGAGUCUCCUGGACGGUACCCGUGGGCGGUGGCCUCAGGACGACAUUUGAUCUUCCCUCUUCCGGUCGGGGCCAUCGAUUCUGGCCAGAAAUGUUCAAUGGCAGAGUAGCUCAGGUAGUCAGAUUUCGAUGAUGAUUGAAGAUUGGGAGGAAAAAGGGCUGUUGAGAUGGAUGGUGACAAACUAAAAGGAUUAGGAAAGAAGAACAAGAAAGUUGUGCGUGUCAAAUUAGAGAUAAGCUGAAAGGAUGGUCUAUGUUGUUCAUAUGAGUUUAUAAGAUCAUGGCUAUUUUCCUCGCUAAUCACCUGUAGACUGCUGGUAGCAGCAAAGUUCCCAGUCCUUGGGACCUCGGCUCCUGUCGACCUCGCUCCACCCUCUACCCCACGGUGACUGUCCAACUUAGUCAUCUGUCCUAGCCUUCUCCUUCGGACUAUUAGACUCCUAGCUCACGGAUUGACGAAGAAGGCACGUAUUGAGAUGGACAAUUUUGUUCGCGAGGAAUUUGCUGAUUUUGGUCAUGAUCAAGAUGAUAUUUUGCAUGAUGAGCAAGAAGUUAUAUUUGACACUGAUGAUAGUGAUUGCGAGAUUAGUACCGAUGAUGAAAAUCAGCAGGGUAGUGAGAAUGAAGACAACAUUCAAAUACCAGCUACUGAUCAUAAUUUUAGAAGGAUAUAUGACAUAUCAUCUAAUGAGAUUCGGGAUUUAGAAUUUGAUACUCAACAUGAAGCUUGCAAAUUUUUUCAAACAUAUGCAAGAUGUAAGGGGUUUGUUGCGAGGAAACACAAUCUUGCUCGAGACAGGAAUAAUAAUAUUACAAUGCAACAAUUAGUAUGUAAUAGAGCUGGAUUGAGGCAAAAAAAGUACUUGGAGAAGGUAGACAGGAAAAAACCACACGCACCAAUCACACGCACGAAUUGUAAAGCUAAGUUUCGUGUGCGUUUGGAUAGAAAAAAAUCAAAAUGGAUUGUGAGUUCUUUUGUGGAGGAACAUAAUCAUUUUUUAACUCCUUCUACGUAUGUCCACCUGUUUCCCGCUUAUCGUGCCUUGAAUGAUGCAGACAAAGCCCAAAUUGAUAUGUUACACAUGCAGGGUGUUCGGACAUGUCACAUUAUGGGAUAUAUGUUGGCUCAAAAAGGAGGGUAUAGUGGGCUUGGGUUUUCAAAAAAGGAUCUAUAUAACUAUCUUGACAGACAGAAGCGUUUUAAGAUUCAAGAUGGGGAUGCACGAGCUGCUCUUAGCUACAUUCAAGGCAAAGCUGACAAUGACCCCAUAAUGUUUUGUAAGUAUUCUACUACAAAUGAUGGAAAGCUGAAACAUUUAUUUUGGGCAGAUGGACAAAGCAUAGUAGACUUUCAGUGCUUUGGUGAUGUUCUUGCAUUUGACACCACGUACAAGAAAAACAAAUAUAAUUAUCCAUUGGUUAUUUUCUCAGGAUGUAACCAUCAUUCUCAAACUAUUAUAUUUGGUUGUGCUUUGGUGUCAGAUGAAACAUUUGAGACAUAUAAAUGGGUCUUAGAAACUUUUUUGGAAGCAAUGCACAAGAAACAUCCCAUAUCAGUGGUUACUGAUGGUGAUGUUGCUAUGAGAGAGGCUAUUAAAUUAGUUUUUCCAGAUUCUACUCAUCGUUUGUGUGCGUGGCACUUGAAUAAAAAUGCAUGUGAGAAUGUAAAAAACUCACCAUUUUUGGACGAUUUUAAGAAAGCAAUGUAUUCAAAUUUCACCCCUGAAGAGUUUGAAGAUUUUUGGCAGCAAAUUAUAGUUGAGCAUGGGGUUGAAGGUAACACAUGGGUUUUGAAAACCUAUGACAACAAGUUAUUAUGGGCUACUGCGUAUCUGCGUGACACAUUCUUUGGACGCAUCCGGACUACAUCUCAGUGUGAAGCAAUCAAUUCUUUAAUUAGAUCUUAUGUGAGAAAAAAAAAUACCCUCUAUGAAUUUAUUCAUAAUUUUGAACAGCUGUUAAGGGAGUACCGAAAUAAUGAGUUGAUUGCUGAUUUUAAGUCCAAUUUCUCAGAACCGGUAAUGACGAGCUCUUUGAAGCACCUUGAGCGCCAGGCUGCUAAUAUAUAUACACUGGAAAUGUUUACAGAAGUUAGGAAAGAGAUUGAACUUGGUUGUGCAUUAAAUGUUGUGGGUCGAAUAGAAAAUGGAGAUGAAUUGACUCUUCACUUAAGCAAAUAUGGUCAUCCUGAAAGUUUAGUUAAAGUUGAUUUUGAUAGAUCAAAUUCUAAAUUUUCAUGUGCUUGUCGUCUUUAUGAAGCCCGCGGCAUUCCUUGUUCUCAUAUUAUAUGUGUUUUGAAAAAUGAGAACAUUCAGGACUUUCCUAGUAGCUUGAUAUGUGGAAGGUGGACUAAGACGAGUAAGACUGAUCUAAUCUCGGCAAUGUCAUCAGAUGAAGUAGAUGUUGAUGUUAUGAUAUUUGCUCGUUUUGGUGCUUUAGCAGCUUCUUGUAAUAGACUAUGUAAAAUUGCUUCCAAAAAGACUGAAUACUUUGAUGAAGUUAGAGAUGAGAUACUAAGACUCACUCAUAAGUUAGAGAAGCUUGGUGAUCAAGGGACUAGUCAUGCAUCAUUUGUUGAAGAUAUUGGUGAUCCUACUGUUGUGAAGACAAAAGGUGCCCCAACAAAGAAAAAAAAAGGAGGUAAAAGGAGGCGUUGUUCGAACUGUAACCGUGUAGGACAUGUAAUAACAACGUGCCCAAGGAUAGCUUCUGAUCACAAUGGCACUCAAAAUGAUGAUGUUAUAUCUUUGGACGACAACCAAAGAUGUCAUGGCAAAGGAGUGAUGUUUGAAUGUGACGCUACUGACGGUGUUGGGAGUAAGGAUAAUGGUGGUUGUCCUAACUUCAUAGUUAGUGAAAAGAAGAGAUCUCAUGGUAAACAAAUCAAGAAAUGUGAAUCUUCAAAAAGUUUAUCAAAGGUUCAUGUAAAUGAGAGAGCCAAGGUCGAAUUGAAUAUUAACGGCACUUUUCAAAAGAGUGGAAUACUAAUUGAUCAGCCAUCAAGCCUUUCAAGUGAACGUUUGACUGGGACUAUGCAUCAAUAUUCUUUGGUAUCUCCGACACAUCUGUUACAAGCUAAUAGUCCUCAGUCAUUCAAUUAUUGGGUGCCCUCUACCAAUCCAUAUGGUGCUUCUCUUUUGCAUCCAAAUAUUCCAUUAAUUCCACAAAUGGUUCAGUAUCCACAGUUCACCGAAGUUAGUCAAGUGCCCAAUGAUGGUGGUGGAACUUCUUGGAAAGCUUUGCUGGAAGGAGUCAUUAAAAAUGGUUCUCAAACAAGUGGUACACAUGGCCAUCUACCUUGAUUUUAGAAGGUGCGAUCUUAGUCAAGGUGAAAAAUAAAUGAACAAAGAAAUACUGAAAUGAAGAAGUGUUGAAGAAGUGUUGGUAGUGUAGUAAUUGUUACCUUUGUAAUUUAUUUUGGAUGACUCAGGUCAAUUGAGGUUAUUUUAUUUUUCCUAAUAUUGUAUUCUGCCAUUCUGGUAUGAAUAUUUAAUAACAAUGUAAUAAAAUUUAGUCAACAUGUUUUAAUUUGAAUUUGUAUUUCUCAAUUGCAAGUGAA